AUGGCGUUGGCCGGCGACGGCGGCGGCUGUGCGGGCGCCAAGCCGGCGUUCUACGCCGUGUGGCAGCAGGCGUGCGACGAGUUGCAGCGCGCCGCGCCGCCCGCCGUGUUGGGCGUGUUCUGGGCGUACGUGGAGGCGCGGGCGCAGCGCAUGCGGGCCACCGUGUUCCGGCCCGACAGCACGCCGGACCGCAUCGCGGUGUUGGGCCUCUGCAACGCCGUGACGGACCGGCCGUACGUGCGGCGCGGCGGCGGCGGCGGCGGCCCGUUGGACUCGUACGCCAAGGACACGUUCCGCGACGCGUUGCACGCGCGCGUGCGCGUGUUCGCCGCGUCCAUGCUCCGCUUUGACGACGUGACGGGGCUCAACAAGGCGUUCCGCGCGGCGCGCCGCGUGCCCCGCGAGCCGCCGCUCCGCGCCACGGGCUCCGCCGACGACCACUUGCUCGAGGACGCCAUGCGCUUGCGCGGGCUCCUCCGCGACCCGGGCGCGCUCUUGCAGGACCCGCGGCGGCUUGCCGAGCACGCCGCGGCGCUCGCCAAGUUGCACGCGUACUUGCUCGGCGAGGAGACCAAGUACCGGGCGAUCCACCCCGUGCGGGACGGGCGGGCCGUGCCCGCGGCGGGGCACGCGGCGGGGCCCGCGGCGGCCGCGCGCCAGCACGCCGACCCGGCGUUCUUCCCCGAGCACUACUGGCUCUCGGUGUUUGCGGCGGAGCAGAGCGGCGCGCGCUUCGACGAGCUCUGCGCGGAGGACCAGCGCCGGGCGCAGGCGCGCUUCGACUCGUCCAAGUUCCGGCGCUUGCUCCUCCUGCAGAUCUACUUGGCCAGCUGCUUCUUUGUGGAGAUCGCGGCCGGGCGCAAGGCGCACACGCUCGCGCGGGCCGGCGCGCCCGCCGCGGCCCGCCACCCCGUGGAGGCCGCCACGCCGCCGGAGCUCGUGCCGCGCUUCGCCAAGCUCCGGCGCGAUACCGUGCGCGUGGUGCGCGCGUGGGACCCGGCCUGGGCCGCCACGCUCGAGGGCUUGGCGCGCGCCGAGGGCCUCUGGUGGGCGUGGCUCUUGAGCGGCGCGCCGGCGGGCGCUGCGCCCGUGGACGGCGCGGCCCUCCGUGCCACGGAGCAGAGGCUCCGCGCGGCGGCCCCGGAGAAGACGCGGCGGUACUUCCACACGCACGCGACGCCACAGCUCUCGCGCCGGAUGCGCGAGCCCACGGGGCUUCUGCUCUUGCGGGGCGCGCGGCGGGGCGGCCGCGAUUAUGCGGCGGAGCUUGCGCGGGUGGCGGCCCGCAUCGACGCGGAGCACGACGCCGCGGCCCGCGCCGCGUUGGUCGAGGAGCGCACGGUGUUGUUGUGGCAGCAGACGCGCGCGUUGCGCGGCGCGGCGUGGCUUUCGUUGGACGGGCACUUGGAGGCGGCGGCCCUUGACGCGGGGGAC